AUGUCUUCAGCAAACACCAUUGAAAAUCGAGCUGUUAUUCUUCCAGGGGCAGGACAGGACCCAAUUUUUGAAAUACGCGAGAAGCCAGCUGCAAACACAGGAGAUGCAGUCAUAAAAGUCAUUGCUGUCUCUGUUAGAGCCAACUCUCCAAAUGUGUAUCGAAACCCGAGCAGCGGGCAUCCUCUGCCAUUUCCCUUCACCCCUGGAUUUGCGUCCAUUGGCAGAAUUAUCGACAUUGGACCCGACGCAACGAGACUGAAACACGGGCAAUUGGUCUUCUUUGAUCCAUACAUACAGGGCCGGGACCGUGGUGGAAUAUGGAUCUCCGGAAUGAUGGAAGGAUUUGACGAGGGCAGUCGAAAGCUGUCCCGAGGAGAGUGGCGCAACUCUACGUAUGCCGACUACGCGAAGGUUCCUCUGGAGAGUUGCCGCCCCUUAAACGAAGAGAGGCUGUUGGGCAGUAUUAAUCAAGAUGGGCUUGGUUACACAAUGGAAGACUUGACGCAUCUCUUCAGUAUGCUCGUCCCAUUCGGCGGUCUUGCGGACAUCGAUGUCAAGUCUGGAGAUACUGUCAUUGUCGCCCCGGCGACAGGGAGGUAUGGUAGUGCAGCUGUCCACCUCGCCCUCGCUAUGGGCGCACACGUCAUUGCCAUCGGGCGCAAUGGGCCAGUUCUUGAGCAACUUGCGUCCAUCAACGCUCGCGUCUCCACUGUCAAACUCACCAAUAUCGUCGAGCAAGACACCCAAAUGCUCCGCAAGGCUUGUCGGGGGUCAGCUGACGCUUUUUGGGACAUGUCUCCAUCUGGCGCAGCCACUUCUUCUCAUUUCACCAGUUGCAUGAACGUUCUCAGACACGGCGCUAAAGUCAACUUGGAGGGCAGCGUUUUCUCCGGUAUUAACUUUGGCUACAUGGACAUUCUAGGCCGUGGACUUACUAUCAAGGGAACGUGGAUGUGCACUCCGGAGCAGACCGAAAGGCUCAUCAAAAUGGUAGAAACCGGAGUUCUCCCCCUUGGAAGAAAGGCCGGCAUGGGGCCAGUUCAUAAGUUUCGGCUGGAAGAUUGGGAACAAGCGUGGGAUGCCGCGGAAGAGAAAAGAGAACCGGGCGAGAUAGUCAUCAUGCCCUGA